AUGGCUGAGAGUGUGUUCUUGUUAGUUCAUCAUCGGGGAAAGAUCGAUGAAAACACAAGUGAGGGUGUAACGUUCAGUAGCAAGAAACAGAUUGGGGUGUUCAUAAAUCCAUCAACGAGUUUAGAUGAUUUACGAAAUAGCAUAUUACAAAAGUUAGGUAAGUGCGGUAAAAGGCUUGUCAAGCAGAUGUUCUUCAGGAUCCCUAUCUCACUCAGGCAGGGUUACGUGAAGUUUGGAAAAUAUGAGAUGUUAGGCGAUGAUGACAUUCGCGUUAUAUUUCACAGUCAUGCCAGGUUUCCAGAUCUGGGAGCUAUGGAGUUGUUCGCGAAAAUGGCUGAUGUGGAGGGUAGCUCCGGUGGAUCUGCUCCAAAUCCGCCCACAAUCGGGGUAGAUGGUGCUUCAAGUGCCAUUCCAAUUCGUCACGACGUCACCGCCCACGUUUCAUCUCCGUCAUUUGCAGCCGAUCUGGCUGUUCAUGCCGAAGAUAGGGAUUGCAUGGGUGAUGUACGAACCUUCGGGGAGCUUGCAGCGGCAAUCAGAGAGGGACCUGUAUUGGAUGGUGCAACUACAUUCAUGGAGGUCAGAGAUGGGGAUCCAGCUGCUGAGGCCAUUGGUGAUGAUGAUUCAGAUUCGGAACCACCCGUUAUCGGUGAUGAGUCUGACGAUGAGGAUGACACAAGACCAGUUGCACCAUCGCAAGGCCAGACAAGUUCUCAGACACAACAAUACCCUCCACACUUCUCUACAUUGGAUCUUGAGGCGAUGAAUCAACCAGCAUUUCCAGGUCGACAAGUGUCAAGUAUUCACAGAGACGAGCACGGUAUGCAUGGGGCAGAGGAGUUUGAGGUCGGGCAGCGGUUCCAGAGCAAGGAGGAGGCAGUGUUGAUGGUGAAGAAUUAUAAUAUCCGCCGUGGUGUUCAGUAUAAGGUGUUUGAGUCGGACCAGUUGAAGUAUCACGGAAAGUGCGUCCAGUUUGGGAAUGGGUGUAAUUGGCUGAUACGUGUGACGAUGCGGCAGCGGAAAGGAUACUGGGAAGUCCGGAAGUACAAUGGGCCUCACACAUGUCUUGCAACCGAGCUGUCCACCGACCACAGGCAGCUUGAUUAUCAUGUGAUAUGUGCAUCAAUUCUAUCGCUGGUCAUGGCGGAUGCGGCAAUCUCGGUGAAAGUAUUGCAGAAUGCGGUGUCAACAACAUAUGGUUUCAAGCCCAGCUACCGGAAGGUCUGGAUGGCUAAGCAGAAGGCGAUUGCACAAAUUUAUGGUGACUGGGAGGAAUCUUACAACAUAAUUCCGAGGUGGAUAAUUGAGGUUCAGAUGUACAUGCCCGGCAGUAUUGCAGUAUUGCGUACUUCACCUGUAAGGUCUGGUAAUGCGGUUGAUGAGUCGAGGGUGUUUUUUCAUCGAUUGUUUUGGACGUUUCCGCCAUGCGUUGAGGCAUUCAAGCAUUGCAAGCCACUGAUAUCCAUAGAUGGAACCCAUCUGUAUGGCAAGUACGGCGGAACAUUACUCAUGGCGAUUGCACAAGAUGGAAACUCGAACAUACUCCCAGUUGCGUUUGGACUAGUCGAGGGUGAGAACACUGAGUCAUGGAAGUUCUUUCUUACUCACCUUCGCCAACAUGUGACCCCGCAGCCGGGCAUUCUUGUUAUAUCUGACCGCCACAAUGCAAUCAAGGCCGCGUUAGUUGCAGAAGACGGUGGGUGGCUCCCACCGGCCGCCUAUCGUGCAUAUUGUGCCAGGCACAUAGCUGCUAAUUUUGCGCUUAAUUUUAAAUCCAAGGAUGCACGGAAGAUUCUGGUGAACGCAGCCUACGCAAAGUCUGAACAGGAGCAUCAAUAUUACAUGGAGAUCCUAAGGUCCGAAGACCCGGCUAUGGUUGAGUGGUGUAGCCGGAUUGGCUUAGGGUUAUGGACCCAAUAUCGGGAUGGUGGGCGCCGGUACGGUCACAUGACAACCAACAUAUCUGAGUGUAUCAAUGCCGUCUUGAAGGGUACACGGAACUUACCGGUGGGGUCACUUGUGAAGUCAACAUAUGGGCGAUUGGCUGAGCUCUUUGUUAGGAAAGGAAAGGAAGCGGAGAUGCAACUCGGGGCAAGGCAGGAAUUUUCGCAGAUGCUUAUGAGGGCGAUUGAGAAGAACAAACAGGCCUCCAGAAACAUGCGGGUUGAGCUAUAUGAUAGAGGGAACACAGAGUUUGUUGUGGACGAGAUUGCUCCGACGGGAGGGAGAAUCGCUCUGACUGCAUGUAGGGUAUCGCUAUCGGCCCGGACAUGUGACUGUGGCUAUUUUCAGGCCCUCCAUUACCCAUGUCGUCAUGUGCUUGCAGCUUGUUCGUAUUGCAGACUGGAUUGGAGGACUUACGUGGAUGACGUGUAUCGCUUGACAACCAUCUUCAAUGUUUAUAAGAUGGGUUUCUCCCCUCCGAUGGCAGAUGACUUGCUUCCCUUGUACGAGGGUCCUCAAGUUAUCCCAGACCCCGGCAUGAUGCGAGCGACCGUGGGUCGUCCUAGAACUACACGGAUAAGAAACAGUAUGGAUGAGCCCGAACCGGACAGGACGAAGAGAUGUGGUAUGUGCAGGGUUCCAGGUCAUACUAGGAGACAGUGUCCCCUUCGCGCAGGUGCAUCCGGUCAUCAUGAAGGGAGUAAUGCAUAG